GAGUGUCAUAUACGAACACAAAUGUUCAUUAAUCAAUUUUAAUGAGAACUGAGCUUUUUUAGCUGUGUGGAUUCUUUGUUUAUUCUCAAUUUAAAAUGCAUACAGUCGGAGACUAUUGGAAGUUUUAGUAAUAAAUUACAUGACACGUUCCAAGCAGAUUGGGAAUCACAAAAGUGACAAAAAGAAGAAUAUCUCCAAGCUCUGGAAAACUAAACGCAGAGUGAAAGAUCUGGAUCAGAUUCACCAUGAUAUGAAACCUGAAAAUGCAAAGCUCUUAUUGAACCAGGAGCUUGACUACCAGCUACCAGGAAAUGGCCAGCACUACUGCCUACAUUGCUCUCGAUACUUCGUAGAUUUGAAGACUCUAAACGAACAUUUCAAAACAAAGGUUCACAAGCGAAGACUCAAGCAGCUAAGGGAGGAACCAUACACUCAAGAAGAGGCAGAAAGAGCAGCAGGAAUGGGCUCUUAUAUCCCACCUAAAUUAAUUAAUGUCCAAACACAGGGCAUGGAAUGAAGUAGACCAUGUUCCUCGACUUCAUAAACUAAACUGUAAUAUAUGGCAAAGUAUACCUUUGAGCUGGAAAUGUUUCUGGUCCUCAUCUUACUGGAUCUUUAAAAAAAUUGACAUGUAUCUGCUUUUGAUCAGAAUAUUGGCACUGGCAACUACCAAAUAAAUAAAUAGCAAAUUCAAA